CAGUGUACUUAUCGAAUGGCUAAAGUACAGUUACUCUGUAUCUCAAUCUUCCUAUUAGUCUGCGUCGCCGUCGCCGGCGCCGGCGAAUCGUCUAGCUUCGACGGCGAGAAUCCGAUCCGAUCAGUCGUUUACGACGGUAUACGUCAACUCGAGGCAUCUGUUCUUGAAGUCGUAGGUUACUCUCGUAGAGCUAUCUCCUUCGCUCGCUUUGCUACAAGAUAUGGAAAGCGAUAUGGAACGGCUGAUGAUAUCAACUUACGAUUCUCGAUUUUUUCGGAGAAUUUGAAGAUGAUUCGAUCGCAUAACAAGAAGCGACUCUCUUAUACUCUUGCUGUUAAUGAGUUUGCUGAUUUGAGCUGGGAAGAGUUUCAUAGGAGUAAGUUAGGAGCUUCUCAGAACUGUUCUGCAACCAUAAGAGGCAAUCAUAGGCUUACAGAUGAUAUUCUUCCUAAUGUGAAAGACUGGAGAGAUGCAGGUAUAGUGAGUCCUGUGAAAAACCAGGGAGGCUGUGGAUCUUGCUGGACUUUCAGUACAACUGGGGCAUUGGAAGCAGCUUAUACACAAGCAUUUGGGAAGGGAAUUUCAUUAUCUGAGCAACAACUUGUGGAUUGUGCUGGAACAUUUAAUAACUAUGGUUGUAAUGGUGGCUUGCCUUCCCAAGCCUUUGAAUACAUUAAAUAUAAUGGAGGACUUGAUACCGAGGAAGCUUAUCCUUACACAGCAGUAGAUGGAAAAUGCAAAUUUUCUUCUGAAAAUGUUGGUAUUCAAGUUGUUGAUUCCGUGAACAUCACAUUAGGGGCUGAAGAUGAAUUGAAACACGCCGUAGGAACUGUAAGGCCAGUAAGUGUUGCAUUUGAGGUGGUAAAUAGUUUCAGGUUUUACAAGAAAGGAGUUUACACUAGUGGAAAUUGUGGCAAGACUCCAAUGGAUGUAAACCAUGCUGUUCUAGCAGUGGGAUAUGGGAUUGAAAAUGAAAUUCCGUUUUGGCUGAUAAAGAAUUCAUGGGGAGGAGAUUGGGGAGAUAAUGGUUACUUCAAAAUGGAGUUGGGCAAGAACAUGUGUGGCGUUGCAACUUGUGCAUCGUAUCCAAUUGUAGCUUAGACGGAGGCAUCAAUCAAUCCUCUGUUGUAUACAUCCACACAAUCCUUCAUCAUAUUUGAUUUGUAAAAUGAAAUGUACCUAGUUACUUGGUAUUUAAGGAUAUAGAACAAGAAACAACUAAUAAGUAUGUAUGUUUGUUGUAA